GGCGACUUUCCGCUGAAUCCCAACCGACAUUCUCGUCCUUGUCCACCCUUUUCUGGGUCACGGUGAUUUUGGGGACCUCCGGUCACUCUUGGGCUAUCGGGUCGUUGGAAGCAACUCACCUUGGAUACUCCUUCCAAGGUUGCCGGUCCCCUACCUCCCUCGCCGACCUCCCUCACAAGAUCCCGGAAUCAUAUCUGUCAUUGUACAGUGUCUGCAGCAUACUGCAUGUGAAGAUGUCCGCUCGACAGCGUCACCCCACUCACGGCCCAGAGAAGGUCCUAGACACGAGUCAGCCUGCUGCUGUGGCAGCUGCUGUGCUGGAGCAGCCUCCCAAAGUUCUCAAGAAAUUGCUUCACUGGGACGAGCUCCCCCAUUGGCAGCGCGAUAACCAGCACAUCCAUAGCGGGUAUCGGCCGGCUUCGGCUUCCUUCCUUGGUUCCUUUCAUUCUCUGACCUAUCUUCACAAUGAAACGGUCAACAUCUACACGCAUCUGCUGCCGUCGUUGUUGGUUGUGCCGGCGGCCUUCGCACUGUAUCGGGCACUAGCCCCCCGAUAUGAGACGGCGACGCAGGCGGACGUGAUUGUGUUCGGCUGCUUCUUCGCCGGGGCGGCCUUCUGCCUGGGCAUGUCGGCCGUCUACCACACGAUCUCGAAUCAUUCUCCCAUGGUGGCGCGCAUUGGGAACGCCUUCGACUACGCAGGCAUUGUCGGGCUGACGGUGGGCAGUUUCAUUCCCAGCGUGUACUUUGGCUUCUACUGUCAGCCCGCGCUGCAGCGGCUUUACUGGAGUAUGAUUUGCACGAUUGGCCUUGGCUGUGUCGUGGUCUCUAUCUUCCCUCAGUUCCGGACUCCAGGCUGGCGGCCGUUCCGGGCGGCGAUGUUUGUCGGUAUGGGCCUGUCAGCGGUGUUUCCCGUGAUCCACGGACUACGCCUGUACGGGCUGGGGCAGAUGACACGCCAGAUCGGACUCGGCUGGCUAGUGCUCCAGGGUCUCCUGUACAUCCUGGGGGCAGCGAUCUAUGCGGCUCGGGUCCCCGAGCGAUUGCGACCCGGCCAAUUCGAUCUGUGGGGAAGCUCCCAUCAGAUUUUUCACGUGCUAGUGGUCUGCGCCGCAAUUGCUCAUCUGACCGGGUUGCUGAAGGCGUUUGAUUACAGACACAGCGGGUUCGCCGCCAACUGUCCUUGGAGCUGACGGUGAUUCGCCGGCAAGGGAAUCCAGGAUCGCACAAGGGGGGAGUGUGUUUGGUUGCUGGUCACCAUCUAGGGGAAUUUAGCCAUUUUAGUUGGUGCUGAAUCUUAGAAGGAAAGAGAAGAUGACUUGAGAAAUAGAUGCUGACGUCAAAACACGGAAUCCGAGACAUUUUGUCUAACAGUUCAAUUUCCACAUCGCGGUGCUG